AGAAACCGAAAAGAGAAACGGGUAGCAGCAGCCCCGUCGACAGAAACAGAAACGCGUGGCUCCUCAAAAAAAAUCACAACAAAUGUUUCGGUAGGCACACUGGGAUUUUGGAACAGCUCUGGCGUGCGCAAAAGCUGCUCUUCCUUCCAGCGCGAUCCGUGAUAGACACCCCACCACCAUCAUCCCCCUGUUUGUGCUGCGUGACUGUGCUCGAGCUCAGUUCCUGGAAUCGGAGCGUGCCGUAGCGCCAUAAGGAGGCUGUCAUUUGAGCUGGCGGAUUUUUAUUUUUUAUUAUUCUCAUGUGAUGAGGCUCGCGGGCCCGAGACUACUGUAGAGAUGCUGCCUUGAGAAGAAGACCCCUCGUGCUUCCUCACUCCUCCAGCGUUCUCAUUUGGAACCUUAUUCUUAUCUUGGAACCUUGGCUUUCUGCAGCUGAGUUUUGGAGAGGAUACAGAUGGACUAGCUGUGUGUGUGUGUGUGUGUGUGCGCGCGCGUGUGUGUGUGUGCUACCUACUGUACUCCAAGCUCUCUCACACAUGGAGUAGCAGUGUGUGUGUGUGUGUGUGUGCGUGUGUGUGUGCGCUACCUACUGUAGUCCCAGCUCUCUCACACAUGGAGUAGCCCUCUGUGUGUGUGUGUGCAUGUGUAUGUUACCUACAGUACUCUCUUGUAGAUGGAGUAGUAGUGUGUGUGUCUGUUUGUGUGUGCUGGUUGGUGUCUGCGUGAUGGGUAGUAUCACCAUGACAGCUCUGAAUGCCAGGGGACUACUACAGACCUAGGCAAGCACAAGAGUCUGGAGUCCAGGAGAGGAGAGGAGAGGAGAGAAGGGUGGGUAGACAGGAGAGGAGAGGAGAGGAGCAGGGAGAGAGGAGAGGAGAGGCAACUUCACCACAGGGGUCUAAAGACGGGGAGAAGAGGAUAGCGGAGAGGAGGAAAGCAGUCGGGAAGAGAGGACAGGAGAGGAAAGAGGGGAGAGAGGAGUGGAGUGGAGAGGAGAGGAGAGAAGAACUUAAGCAACAUGCUGACCAAAGAGGCCCUAGAGUCAGUGUUUGGAGAGAAGUAGAAGGUGUGGUGGCGAGGGCUCUGGAGUUGGGGACCCAGAGAGGGAGGAGAGGAGCAGAGGACGCUUCAGGAGGGUAGAAAGGAGAGGAGAGAAGAGGAUAUAAUACAUCAGUUCAGGGCUCUGGAGUCUGGGAAUCUGAGAGGAGAGAGGAGAAAAGACGAGCGGAGCAAAGAGGAGACGAGAGGAGGAAGGAGGAGAGGAGAGGAGGAAGAGAGAGGACAGGAAAGGAGGAAAGUGAAGAGGAGAGGUCAGGAGAGAAGGAAAGUGGAAGGUUAAGAAGAGAGGAGGAAAGUGGAGAGGACAGGAGAGGAGGAAAGUGGAGAGGAGAGGAGGAAAGAAAGCAGAGAGGAGUAAAGUGGUGAGUAAGAGGAGAGGAAAGUGGAGAGCAAAAGGAGAGUGAAGUUAAAAAGGAGAGGGGAGGAAAGUGAAGAGGAGCGGGGUGUUCCGCAUGGGUCACCGUAGCGACCCCCCUCUCUGCAUGGGUCACCGCAGCGACCCUGCCCUCUGCAUGGGUCACCAUAGCGACCCUCCUCUGAGGAUGAGCCAGCAGCUGCGUUCCAGCGUGAGUCCCGCCAAGGCGUACGACUUCCUGCUCAAGUUCCUAUUGGUCGGGGACAGCGAUGUGGGGAAGGGGGAGAUACUCGCCAGCCUGCAGGACGGCGCCCGAGAAUCACCCUACGGAUACAACAUGGGUAUCGACUACAAGACCACCACCAUUCUGCUGGACGGCCGACGGGUCAAACUCCAACUCUGGGACACGUCUGGCCAGGGAAGGUUCUGCACCAUCUUCAGAUCGUACUCUCGGGGGGCGCAGGGUGUAAUCCUGGUGUAUGACAUCACUAAUCGCUGGUCGUUUGACGGCAUCGACAGGUGGAUUAAAGAGAUUGAUGAGCAUGCCCCAGGUGUUCCUAAGAUCCUGGUCGGCAACCGUCUACACCUGGCGUACAAGCGUCAGGUGACCACGGAGCAUGCCCAGAUGUACGCGGAGCGGCUGGGCGUGACGUUCUUCGAGGUCAGCCCUCUCUGCAACUUCAACAUCACAGAGUCCUUCACCGAGCUGGCACGCAUAGUGUUGACCAGGCACGGCAUGCAGAGAUUAUGGAGACCAAGCAAAGUUCUGAGUCUUCAGGACCUGUGCUGUCGCUCCAUCGUGUCGUGUACGCCCGUCCACCUGGUCGACAAGCUCCCGUUGCCCCGGACGCUGAAGAGUCACCUGAAGUCCUUCUCCAUGGCGACGGGGCUGAACGCGCGUAUGAUGCACGGACGAUCCUAUUCGUUGGCAGCCGUUACCGCGGGCAACAAGAAGCGCAGCGGAGCCACCAAGAAGAACAAGCUGCUGUUGCGCCCCCCGCUGGCCACGUCGCACUCCUGCAGUCGGACCACCUGCAAGAUCUCAUAGAGGACACGCAUACUAGACACACACACACACACACACCCUCCACUGGCCAAAUCGCACUUCUGCAGUCGAACCACCUGCAAUAUCUCAUGGAGGACACACAUACUAGACACACACACACACACACUCACACUCACAGACAUGCACACACACACCACUGUCCACAUCACAUUCCUGCAUUCUCUCU